GGGAGGGGAUGGCCGCCGACCGCGGGGUGCCCCGACAGCGCCCCCCGCACAGCGCCCCCCUCUUCCUGCAGGCAGCGCGCUGGGAGCCCCCCGGACGGCGCGGCGGAGGAUGGCGGUGGUGCCGGUGAUGUGCCUGCUGCUGCUGGCCGGGGCGGCAGGGGCGACGCUUCGCUUCGCCUCCUAUUACACGGACCACAUGGUGCUGCAGAAGGAGCCGGCGGGCGCCGUGGUGUGGGGCUACGGGCAGCCGGGUGCCGCCGUCGCCCUCUCGCUCGCCCGGGACGGUGCCGUCGUCAUGAAGAAGAUGGCGCAAGUUAAAGAGCCCUCGGGAACGUGGAAAGUCAUCCUGGAUCCCAUGGCUCACGGCGGCCCUUACGCCCUGAUGGCGGAGCAGCGCUCAGAGAACCUGACGCUGCAGGACAUCUACUUCGGGGACGUCUGGCUCUGCAGCGGCCAGAGUAACAUGGCGAUGACCGUCCUGCAGGUCGUCAACGCCAGCAAGGAACUCGCGGCGGCCGCUCGCUACCCUUACGUCCGCGUGUUUGCCACGGCUCCCGCGCGCUCCGACACGGAGCUGGAGGACCUCGUGCGGGUCGACGUGCCGUGGUCCGUCCCCACGGCUGGAAUCCUGGGCCACGGCAACUUCACUUACUUCUCAGCUCUGUGCUGGCUCUUCGGACGCUACCUCUACGAGACGCUGCGGUACCCCGUGGGGCUGCUGGAGUCCGCCUGGGGCGGCACCCCCAUCGAGGCCUGGUCCUCGCCGAGGGCUCUGCGGGCGUGCGGCCUCCAGGAGGAUGCGGCAAGGUUCUCCCCUCACGAGCAUCUCUCAGGGCCACAGGCGCCUUCCGUGCUCUGGAACGCCAUGAUCCACCCCCUGCUCAACGUGACGCUGCGCGGCAUCGCCUGGUACCAGGGCGAGGCCAACGCCUUCGUGCACACCGACCUCUACAACUGCACCUUCCCUGCGCUCGUCGCCGACUGGCGCCAGGCUUUCCACGCCGGCUCCGCGGGGCAGACGGAGCCGCUGCUGCCCUUCGGCUUCGUGCAGAGCCCGGACGACGGCUUCGCCCGCCUCCGCUGGCACCAGACGGCCGACGUGGGCUUCGCGCCCAACCCCAGGAUGCCGCGCACCUUCAUGGCCGUGGCCGCGGACCUGGGCGAUGAGCGCUCUCCCUACGGCAGCAUCCACCCCCGGGACAAGCAGAGCGUGGCCCGCCGGCUGCUCCUGGGCGCCAGGGCCGUGGCGUACGGGGAGAAAGGCCUGGUUUUCCAGGGGCCCUACCCGACGCGGGCCACUGGGGACGCGACCGGGGACCUGCUCAAUGUCACCUACAACCAGGAGCUUGUGUGGCACCGGAGGGUUGAGCGUGCCUUCGAGGUCUGCUGCUCCAGCCAGCUCCCACUGGCGCCGUGCCAGUGGGUGCCGGCACCCGUGGUGGCCGUGGAGUCCCGGAGGGUGACGCUGACCCUCGCCGGGUGCGGGGCCCCGGCGCUGGGCUUGCGCUACGCCUGGGCCGAGUGGCCGUGCGAGUACCAGGCGUGCGCCCUGUACAACGGCCAGGGCCUGCCUGCGCCGCCCUUCCGCACAGACGCGCUCCCGGGGAGCCGGGAGCCUUUCUCCACAUCCCUGCACCUGCCCCUGGUUUUCCCAGGGGGAAUGUGAGCGAGGGCACCCAGCCCUCUUGCAUCCCAAACUGUCCCGCUUCACCCAGCCUUCGUGCAAGCAACCCCGGGCUACGCGGCGGCACCGCGGUUAGCGCUUUCCACCUCGAGGAGGAGGGGGCCGAUUUGCUUAAUGAAGCCUCCUAAUUAAGCAGUUCUCAGCCCUUGAAGUCAGAGAACGGCUUUGAAAGCCUCCACUGCUGCGGAUCUGCCUCUUCGCUGCUGCUGCUGCUCCUGCCGGCGUGGUCCCAGCAGAGCUGGUCCCGGAGCAGGGCGAGGGCUGAACUGCUGCUUCCCCCUGCCCAGCUGCGCGUAGGAUCCUAAACCAGCCCCCAGCCGUUGGGUGAAAAUCCCCCCCCCCCCCAAAAAAAUAACUUCAGUCAGACAUGGCCUACACUGGGGCCAGGGCAGCGAUUCGCACGGGGCAAGGUGCUUCGUUAGCGUAGCGAGUGCCGUAGGCGCAGGAAAUCUCGUUUAAUAAAGGUUUGUGUAAUUC